CUCCCGCCCCCUUCUCCCCGCCGCUUUCGGCUGGGGUCUGGGGCCGCUCCGCCGGCCGCAGAACUUCCUCUCCUGCAGCCGAAUUUGCCUCCUCCCCGCCUUUCCCGGGCUCUCGGCAGUGCUCAGGGGGAGCUGAGCGCGCGCAGGCGGCCGCACCGGGCGAGCUGCACGGCCGCGGGCGGGGGCCGGGGACGCCGGCUCGUGCCCGCGAUGGCGGGGGCUUGGCUCAGGUGGGGGCUCCUGCUCUGGGCAGGGCUGCUCGCGUCCUCGGCGCACGGCCGGGUGCGGAGGAUCACGUACGUGGUGCGCCCGGGCCCCGGCCUGGCGGCGGGCUCCUUGCCUCUAGGCGGGCCCCCGCGCCCGCGGACCUUCAACGUCGCGCUCAACGCCAGGUACAGCCGCAGCUCGGCUAGCGCCGGGGCCCCCAGCCGCGCCUCCCCGGGGCCCCCCUCGGAGCGGACGCGGCGCACGAGCCAGCCCGGCGGCGCGGCCCUGCAGGGACUCCGGCCGCCACCGCCACCGCCUGAGCCGGCGCGUCCUGGGGGCCCCGAUAGGCAGCUCCACCCUAAGCCCGUCGGUCACCCAGCGCCCGUCCCGUUCACCAAGCAAGCCAGGCAAGUCGUGCGCUCCAAAGUGCAGCAGGAGACCCAGGGCGGCGGGGGAUCGAGACUGCAGGUUCACCAGAAGCAGCAGCUGCAGGGGGUCAAUGUGUGUGGAGGGCAGUGCUGCCAUGGCUGGAGUAAGGCCCCUGGCUCCCAGAGGUGCACCAAACCAAGCUGUGUUCCACCAUGCCAGAAUGGAGGGAUGUGUCUCCGGCCUCAACUAUGUGUGUGUAAACCAGGGACCAAGGGCAAAGCCUGUGAGAUCACAGACACCCAGGACACUUCUUCACCAGCCUUUGGAGGGCAAAGUCCUGGGGCUGCUUCCUCCUGGGUCCCUCCUGAGCAAGUAAUGAAACACACUUCAUCUAAGAAGGCCGACACUCUACCAAGAGUCAGUCCCAUGGCCCAGAUGACCUUGACCCUCAAGCCCAAGCCUUCAGUAGGACUCUCCCAGCAUAUACAUUCUCAAGUGACACCCCUUUCCUCACAGAAUGUGAUGAUCCACCAUGGCCAGACCCAGGAAUAUGUGCUCAAGCCCAAGUACUUCACAGCCCAGAAGGUGAUUUCAGGAGAACAGUCCACCGAAGGUUCGUUCCCCUUAAGAUAUGGGCAAGAUCAAGUUGUCGCACCUUUUCAGUUGAGUAACCACACUGGCCGCAUCAAGGUGGUCUUUACUCCGAGCAUCUGUAAAGUGACCUGCACCAAGGGCAGCUGUCAGAACAGCUGUGAGAAGGGGAACACCACCACUCUCAUUAGUGAGAAUGGUCAUGCUGCCGACACCCUGACGGCCACGAACUUCCGAGUGGUCAUUUGCCAUCUUCCGUGUAUGAACGGUGGCCAGUGCAGUUCAAGGGACAAAUGCCAGUGCCCCCCCAAUUUCACAGGGAAGCUUUGUCAGAUCCCAGUCCAUGGUGCCAGUGUGCCUAAACUUUAUCAGCAUUCGCAGCAGUCAGGCAAGGCGCUGGGAACGCAUGUCGUCCACUCCACACAUACCUUGCCUCUGACCAUGACUAGUCAGCAAGGAGUCAAAGUGAAGUUUCCUCCCAACAUAGUCAAUAUCCAUGUGAAGCACCCUCCCGAGGCUUCAGUCCAGAUCCAUCAGGUUUCAAGAAUCGAUGGCCCAACGGGUCAGAAGGUAAAAGAAUCUCAGCCAGGCCAGUCCCAGCUCUCUUACCAAGGGCAUCCCGUCCAGAAAACGCAGACGGUACAUUCCACCUACUCCCACCAGCAAGUUAUUCCUCACGUCUAUCCUGUGGCUGCUAAGACCCAGCUGGGCCGGUGCUUCCAGGAAACCAUCGGGUCACAGUGUGGCAAAGCGCUCCCCGGCCUUUCAAAGCAGGAGGACUGCUGUGGCACCGUGGGUACCUCCUGGGGCUUCCACAAAUGCCAGAAAUGCCCCAAGAAGCCGUCUUACCAUGGAUAUAACCAAAUGAUGGAAUGUCUACAAGGUUAUAAGCGGGUUAACAACACCUUUUGUCAAGAUAUUAAUGAAUGCCAGCUCCAGGGUGUGUGCCCUAAUGGUGAGUGUUUGAAUACCAUGGGCAGCUAUAGAUGUACCUGCAAAAUGGGAUUUGGUCCGGAUCCCACCUUCACAACUUGUGUUCCGGAUAUCCCUGUGAUUUCUGAAGAGAAGGGGCCCUGUUACCGACUUGUCAGUUCCGGAAGGCAGUGUAUGCACCCUCUGUCUGUUCACCUCACCAAGCAGCUCUGCUGUUGUAGUGUGGGCAAGGCCUGGGGCCCACACUGUGAGAAAUGUCCCCUUCCAGGCACAGCUGCUUUUAAGGAAAUCUGUCCUGGUGGAAUGGGUUAUACGGUUUCUGGCGUUCAUAGACGCAGGCCAAUCCAUCACCAUGUAGGUAAAGGACCUGUAUUUGUCAAGCCAAAGAACACUCAACCUGUUGCUAAAAGUACUCAUCCUCCACCUCUCCCAGCCAAGGAAGAGCCAGUGGAGGCCCUGACCUUCUCCCGGGAACACGGGCCAGGCGUGGCGGAGCCAGAAGUGGCAACUGCACCCCCUGAGAAGGAAAUAGCUUCACUGGACCAAGAGAAAACCAAACUUGAGCCUGGCCAGCCCCAGCUCUCUCCAGGCAUUUCAACUAUUCAUUUGCAUCCGCAGUUUCCAGUAGUGAUUGAAAAAACAUCACCUCCUGUGCCUGUGGAAGUAGCUCCUGAGGCAUCUACAUCAAGUGCCAGCCAAGUGAUAGCACCUACUCAAGUAACAGAAAUCAAUGAAUGUACUGUGAACCCUGACAUCUGUGGAGCAGGACACUGCAUUAACCUGCCAGUGAGGUAUACCUGUAUAUGCUAUGAGGGCUACAAGUUCAGUGAGCAGCAGAGGAAGUGUGUUGAUAUUGAUGAAUGCACUCAGGUCCAACACCUCUGCUCCCAGGGACGCUGUGAAAACACGGAGGGAAGUUUCUUGUGUAUUUGCCCAGCAGGAUUUAUGGCCAGUGAGGAGGGUACUAACUGCAUAGAUGUGGAUGAGUGCCAGGAACCGAAGGUCUGCACAAACGGUACUUGCUCCAACCUUGAAGGCUCCUACAUGUGUUCAUGUCACAGGGGCUAUACCCCGACUCCAGACCACAAGCACUGUAAAGAUAUUGAUGAAUGUCAGCAAGGGAAUCUGUGCAUAAAUGGACAGUGCAAAAACACCGAGGGCUCCUUCAGGUGUACCUGUGGGCAGGGGUACCAGCUGUCAGCAGCGAAAGACCAGUGUGAAGAUAUUGAUGAAUGCCAGCACCAGCAUCUUUGUGCUAAUGGGCAGUGCAGGAACACCGAGGGUUCCUUCCGCUGUGUUUGUGACCAGGGUUACAGAGCAUCCACCCUUGGGGACCAUUGUGAAGAUAUCAAUGAAUGCUUGGAAGAUAACAGUGUUUGCCAGGGAGGAGACUGCAUUAAUACAGAGGGGUCCUAUGAUUGUACCUGUCCAGAUGGCUUCCAGCUAAAUGACAAUAAAGGGUGUCAAGACAUUAAUGAAUGUGAACAGCCUGGACUCUGUGGUCCUCAUGGAGAGUGUCUAAACACAGAUGGUUCUUUUCACUGCGUCUGCGAACAGGGUUUCACAAUCUCUGCAGAUGGCCGUACUUGUCAAGAUAUUGAUGAAUGUGUAAACAACACUAUUUGUGACAGUCAUGGGUUUUGUGACAAUACCGCUGGCUCCUUCCGCUGCCUCUGUUAUCAGGGCUUUCAGGCCCCACAGGAUGGGCAAGGGUGUGUGGAUGUGAACGAAUGUGAGCUGCUCAGUGGCGUGUGUGGUGAAGCCUUCUGUGAAAAUGUUGAAGGGUCCUUCCUGUGUGUGUGCGCUGACGAAAACCAGGAGUACAGCCCCAUGACGGGGCAGUGCCGCUCCCGGGCCUCCGGAGGUGUAGAGGUAGAGCAACCCAGAGAAGAAAAGAAAGAAUGCUACUAUAAUCUCAAUGAUGCCAGUCUCUGUGAUAACGUGCUGGCCCCCAACGUCACCAAACAAGAAUGCUGCUGUACCUCUGGUGCUGGGUGGGGUGAUAACUGUGAGAUCUUCCCCUGCCCCGUCUUGGGGACUGCUGAAUUCACUGAAAUGUGUCCUAGAGGGAAAGGUUUUGUUCCCACUGGUGAAUCCUCUUACGAUGUUGGUGGCGAGAACUAUAAAGAUGCAGAUGAAUGCCUACUCUUUGGACAAGAAAUCUGCAAAAAUGGCUUCUGUUUGAACACUCAGCCUGGUUAUGAAUGCUACUGUAAGCAAGGGACAUACUAUGAUCCCGUCAAAUUGCAGUGUUUUGAUAUGGAUGAGUGUCAAGACCCCAACAGCUGUAUUGAUGGCCAGUGCAUUAACACGGAAGGUUCUUAUAACUGCUUCUGCACCCACCCAAUGGUCCUGGAUGCAUCAGAAAAAAGGUGUAUACGACCAACUGAAUCACACGAACAAAUCGAAGAAACCGAUGUCUACCAAGAUCUGUGCUGGGAGCAUCUGAGUGAUGAGUAUGUGUGUAGCCGGCCCCUUGUUGGCAAGCAGACAACUUACACUGAGUGCUGCUGUUUGUAUGGAGAGGCCUGGGGUAUGCAGUGCGCCCUCUGCCCGAUGAAGGAUUCAGAUGACUAUGCCCAGCUGUGUAACAUCCCCAUCACAGGACGCCGGCGGCCGUAUGGGCGGGACGCCUUGGUUGACUUCAGUGAACAGUAUGCUCCGGAAGCCGACCCCUACUUCAUUCAGGACCGUUUUUUAAAUAGCUUUGAGGAGUUGCAGGCUGAGGAAUGUGGCAUCCUCAACGGAUGUGAAAACGGCCGCUGUGUGAGGGUGCAGGAAGGUUACACCUGCGACUGCUUUGAUGGGUAUCACUUGGAUAUGGCAAAGAUGACCUGUGUUGAUGUAAACGAAUGUGAUGAGCUGAACAACCGGAUGUCUCUUUGCAAGAACGCCAAGUGCAUCAACACGGAAGGUUCCUACAAGUGCUUGUGUCUGCCAGGUUAUGUACCUUCUGACAAGCCAAACUACUGCACCCCGUUGAAUACUGCCUUGAAUUUAGAAAAAGACAGCGACCUGGAGUAAAAGAGAAUCCACAUAACCUAAGCCCAUAUCCUCUGCACUGUGUAAAGGAAAAGAGAGAAAUGUAUUAUACUUGAGACAUUGCACCUAACCCGGAAUGUUGGAAAUACGGAAACAUCGUGGAGUUGCAUAUCCUCGGAAGAGAACGAAAGGAGUCAGUGGGAGCCUGACUGGUGUGACAGACCAAAUGGACAUUUCUCUGAAAAACCAGUAUAUAUAGUCUGUUCAUAUGUAAAAUUCAGCAGAAAAGAGGCAGAACAGUGCUGUUAUUUUAAACUAUUGCUUGAUUAAAUUUGGCAUUUAAAUAGUGGUGGAAAUAUUUUAUAUAAUUUUCAUUUUUUGGUUGUGCAGUUCCUUGGCUACUGUUUUUCUUCAGAUUUUUUUUUUUAAUCUCAAGUGCACAAGUCUUUGAUAAAAUAUUGUUUAACUGUAUUGUAAGUAUUGUUACACAGGGUUAUGCUAUUCCUGGUCUGGAACAUUUUAAAAAUCCAACUUGUCUGUCCUGUGGAGCAGGCAGUGAUUUUGCUUCCAAACUUUUAUACACAUUUGGAGAAAAGUACUUUAUAUUUACAGUGUAUUGUCAGAUUUUAAUGUCCAUUCUUAGCCAAGCUGCUAGUAGGUGUCAGUUGAAUCUCUUUCCUACAUUGAAAUGAAAGAACCAGUGAAAUUAUGUUAGUAUUGUAAUGUAUAAAGUAAACCCAGCAAAAUUUUUUGAAAACUU